GUUCUAAGCGUUUUCUACUACAGUGACGACCACGAAUCGGCAGUCAACUCAUGGUGCAUCUCUCUGAGGGGAAGCAACAAGUCUCAACCAUGCCAACAAAAGGUAUAAUGCCACUCUUGGGUAUUCUUCUUGUGUGCCCGCUGCUACUGACAGAGGGCAAUGAAAAUGACUGUGAGUGUCCUGCAGCAACAGUUUUGUCCGAGUUCCUGGUCAACGUGGCAGGUGGAGCCUGCUGCCUCAACUACUCCGGCUCUGACUUUAGCCACGUGCAGUGGGAAGUCCUCUCGUCUCACCCUGCCCUCCGGACCCUUGACCUGUCUCACUGCAACAUCAGUCAGAUCCACCUCACGCAGAAGGGGGACACGCCAGCCAUGCUACAGAACCUCUACCUGGGACAUAACAGCCUCUCUGCCCUACCAGAGGGCUUCCUGACCAACGCCUCAGGUCUGAGGGUACUUGACCUGAAGAUGAACCGCCUGGAAGGGUUACCAGAGAGCUUCCUGGAGGGGUCGGAGGAGCUCCAGGAGUUGGACCUGAGAGGGAACCUCCUCACGGCCAUCUCCAGCAGCCUCCUCACCAGACAGGGCUGGCGGCGGCUGGGACUGUCCCACAACCCCUGGGCGUGCACAUGCUCUCUAGUUGAGGGGCUUCAAGGUGACGGCCUUCACAACAGCACCAGUGGCCGCAGCAGCAGCAGGCUUGCGGACGCGGUGGGGAAUCUGACCUGCGCCUCCCCCCAGAGCCUGGCUGGCCAGAGCGUGUGGUCUGUGCAGCGGAUGGACGUCUGCGCCCCUCCUGGCCUCACCGCCCUCUUCAUCCUGCUGCCGCUGCUGGUGCUGGCCGUACUGGUGCUCUGCUGGUUCUGCGGCCGAAAGAGGAAGAGGAAGGAGAGCAUGGCCUUCGGCCUGGCAGGAAAGAAUGGCUCUGGCCGAGGCGGCCAGCGGACGGACUGCAACGGGCAGCGCUGGCACCACUCCAAGCACGCUCCCGGCGGUGGCAGUGAGCUGGCCGCGCCCAGAGAGGGCAGCAAGGAUGGCAUCAUGAAGAACCAGCUGCUGCUGCGCCCCUCAUCCGCCCUGUUGGGCAGCACGCGGGACAUCUACGAGGAGGUGGAGAUCCGUCUAGGCUCGGUGGAGUCCAUCACCCGCCCGCCUUCCUCUAUCUCCACCGAAAAGCAGGAGCCCCAGGAGCUGGGCAGCAAGCCUGACCUGGAGACCGUGAGCGUGACGGAAGUCAUGAAGGACUCGGCUGACCGGGAGAAGGCCUACCUGACCCAGUCCACUGAGUACUAUAGCUUGGUGCCAGGCAUCGAGAUUGAGGACUCUGAUCACGGCGAGUAUGAGAGUGUGGAUCUGUCGUGACCCAAACCAAUGCCAAAGGGAUUUGUUUUCAUUUUUUUGUAUGCAGGUUAUCUAUUUUGACGUUCUGGUCAAAGAGCUGGUUGUUUGAUCAAAGCAUUGGAGGGACCAACCAAUCUCUGGGAAUUUCGUCCAGGAACUGGAGCAGCAUAAUCCUGUCAGUUGUUCCGAGUGAACUUCGGAGUGCUAAUAAGGAGUCUCCACUGUCAGGGCAGCAUUCCAGGCUGCAAGGGCUAUUGUUUGGCCACAUUCAGAGUGUGAGAACUAUUCAUCUGAGAUUGUAGGUAAACUCAUAGUUAAACCCUAAAAAACACUGACUGAUGGUGAAAUGAAACACCAUUCCUUAUUCUGUUUCUCAGAGAUACUGCCAAAGUGUGGAGGUCAAAAUAUGUAUAAUAUUGAAUGUUUUUUUAAUGUUGUUUUGAACGCAUAUCUACUUUGACUGAAGUUAAGUGUCUGAGGUAAUGGUGCUAAAUGGGAUUUAUUACAACUACCAUUGAUGUCAAGAUGACCAAACCAUUCCACUGUGCCUUAUUUAAAGGAGGUCCAGAUUUCUGUUAUGUAAACGUUGUAGGAAAGCAAACCUGUAACCAACCAACCAAACAAGCAAACAAAAAUCUUUGUGCUCUUUCCUGUCCAGUAAGUGCUGUUGGUAAGGACAGGCACUAUAGGAUGAUGUCAUCUAUUGUUUUAGAAGCCCAGCUCACUGCCUGUCAGCGGACCACUCUUUCCUGUGGAAGAUGGGUCCCAGGUCCUCCAGCUUAAGAGCAGCUGCAUCUGUUCUGAUAUUCAAAGCCGUGUGUGAAAGAUAAAUGCUGAAAACAAUGGCUGCUCCACUGAUACCAUCUGAGAGAUGGAGAAUGUGCACACCACAUCCACAUAGGUUGAUAAGGCAAGUAUUAAUGAGAGGCUUAACAUAUACGUGUAACGUGAACACACACUCAGGGGGCUUUGAAAAUGAGAUUGGACACCACAUUCCAGUGACCGAUAGUUGUACAGGAGCUGUGUAGAACGAGUUACAUUCAUGCAGAUGUACCAGCAAAUGAAAAACCGCAGACCUAGUUAGAACACAUUUGGUGUGUACAGAUAAGAUCUGUUAUGUCAUCAGGUUGGCUUUGCAAAGAAGCUAAAGUAAGCUCAUUUGAAUGCUGACAGAGAAAGAGAGAAAGAUGGACAGUGACAUUCUCAGGGGUUGCAGCCUAGUCAAAUUUGUUAGGCGUAUGGUCCACAUUUCCAACUGUAUCUCUCUCUCUCUCUCUGACACCAAUGCACUGUUUGUAGUGGAUGUAGGAAGAGAAAGAAGAACCACUGGAUUUGUGGCACAUGUGUACCUUAAUAUACACAAACCCAUAGCAAUCAUGCCAUUUAUCUUAUAUGGUCUUAAUCAAUGGGGUAAGACUUCACUAAUCCUGACUUCUAAUAGUAGUGAUAGCUUGAAUGUAAAGGGUGAUAUGUAACUCAUGGCCUUGUGGAUCAUUUAUUUUUUACCAGUCCUGUCUACUACCAUCACUUAACUCGCAAUGGUGUAAUUCUUAACAAAUAUGUCUCAGUUAGAAUGGCAUACGUCUUGAGCUACAAUGUUGUGUUUUGAGUCACACUUGUUUAGUAGUCUAGUUUAAAUGAAUUAAUUUAUUUCUGCAUUAAUGUUGCUUUUUAGUUAAUAGUAUGUGACAUUUUCGGUUCAAUUCUGGUCCAUUAGAUCCAUAAAUAGAGGAGUCAAUACAGGGACAAAAUACAAACAAGACCAAAGUACACAGUAUGUAAACAGUACAAAGGGAACUGGUUCAAAUGUCUGUUGGCACUGGCUGAUUGUGGAAGUAUUUGGUGCAAGAAUAUUUAUUGAUGGCUUUAAAAUAAAUUACUUUAUAUGUU